AUAAGACAAUAUUUCUACAAGUAGGUAUAGUAGCGGAAGAUUGCCGGUGUUCUGGUUUGCGUAUUUAUCUGGAUCCUCUCUUAGCAUCAUGAUUUUUUCUGUUAUCACAGUGAGCGAUACAUGUUCCAGAGGAACAUCAACUGACCAGAGUGGACCGCACUUAGUAGAACUUAUCAAAGAUAAAAUAGGUUGUUCGGAUGUCAAUUAUUCGGUAAUUCCAGACGAAAUUGAGAUCAUAAAGAAAUCGCUAAUUUACUCAACAGAUGUGUUACAAGUUAAUGCAAUCUUUACGACAGGCGGGACUGGUUUCGCCCCUCGUGACGUUACUCCGGAAGCCACUAAAGCGGUCAUCACGAAGGAUGCACCCCAACUAUCGCUGGCGAUGACCUUAAAGAGUCUCGAAAAGACCAAAUUCGCUGUUCUUUCACGAGCUGUAUGUGGUGUCCGAGGGCGGACGCUAAUUGUAAACUUUCCAGGAAGCAAAAAGGCUGUCGAAGAGUGCUUUCUAGCAAUAGUGGAUGUGAUUCCUCAUAUGUUACAACUAUUAACCGAUGAUGUUCUUAGAGUAAAAGAGACACACCAGGAAGUACAAUCAGAAAACGCUCACCCUCAUAUUUGUCCUCAUAAAACCGGUGAAGGUGGGGACGACAGAAAUUCUCCAUUUCCAUUGAUUAGUGUUGAUCAAGCAUUCGAAAUCAUUUAUUCCAGUGUUGAUUCGAAAAUAGCUCCAAGGAAACAAAUUAGUCGUGUAAAUAUCCCACCUUUUCGAGCAUCUGUUAAAGACGGAUAUGCUAUGAAAUCAGUAGGAGGUCGCGGAAUUAAACGCGUUAUUGGAUAUGUGGCAGCUGGAAAUGACAUAAUCCGAGAUAACUUCAAUAAUGAUGAGUGCUAUAAGAUAAACACCGGAGCACCUGUUCCUGACCAAGCCGACUCAGUUAUUCAAAUUGAGGAUACUAAACUGAUUUCAUCGGACAAUGGUAUUGAGCAAAUUAUUGAAAUUAUCACAGAUCCAAGCGCUGGUCUAGACAUUCGCCCAAUUGGUGGUGAUCUUCGAAAAGCAGAAGAAGUUUUCAAGUAUCAUUUUCCUCUCGAUGCUGCACAAAAAGCCCUGUUGGCAUCCAUUGGCGAGCAAGUGAAAGUAAAGAAGCUGGUGGUGGCUAUUGUUUCCACUGGUGAUGAGCUUGUUCAUCCAUACGAGAAUGUCUCUAAAGGAAUCUCGUUAGAAGGUAAAAUAUAUGACUCAAAUACCACCAUGCUUGUUGAGUUAUCAAAGCAGUUUAGUUUUAAUGACGAUCAGUGUAUAAUAACACAGCAUGUAGUUAAUGACGAUUAUGAUUCGCUCCGAAAGUUAAUCGAUGAUUUGACUGUAACAUGUGAAGUUAUUAUCUGUAGUGGUGGGGUGUCGAUGGGUGACAAGGACUUUGUAAAACCUGUUUUGCAAGAUUUAGGGUUUGAUUUGAAAUUUGGUCGUGUUAACAUGAAACCCGGCAAGCCAUUCACGUUCGCGUCAAAGGACCGUACAAUGUUUUUCGGCCUACCAGGAAAUCCUGUAUCAGCUUUCGUCACAUUUCAUCUGUUUGCAUUACCAGCAAUGAGAAAAUAUCUCGCCACCAUCAACGACACACCCUGUAACUUCGCUAAAUGUCAGCUGCCGCGUGUAACUGUUGAACUACUCACCGACAGCUACGAAUUAGAUGAUCGACCCGAAUAUGUGCGAGCAAGUGUUGUCUGUCGAGGUGGUAAACUUUGUGCCAAGAUUACUGGUCGUCAGAUGAGCAGUAGAUUGAAAAGCAUAGUUGAUGCUGACGUCCUUUUGCACUUACCAGCACGUUCUACUAAAAAGUCAACGAUAAAGAAAGGAGAAACAUUCACAGCUUCAAUUCUAAGAACAGACUUCAUCUCUGCGUACGAAUAACAUAGAGUAUAUUUACUCAUAGUCAUUGUUAGAGAGGUGUGAAGAGGGCUUUAUAGAAUAAA